UCUCUGCUCAGCGGACACACAUUUGCCUGUCAGUCCAUCUAAGGGUUAAAUAUUCAGGACGCUCAAUCGAUAGUCGAGCAGCAGCUGAGGAUCCUACAUGUCGGUCGGUUCUGGAAGUUUCUUCCGGUCCUUCUCCUCCGUGCCUGUCUGCCAGAGGGACCCGGUCCUGCUGCGCCUCUGAGCGGCCCCGGUGCAGUCUGUUCCCGGCGGUGGGCUCCGGGAUGUUCGGGUGUCUGGUGGCGGGCCGCCUGGUCCAGACCGACGCGCUGCAGGUCGCUCCGGACAAGUUCCUGUUCAACCUGCCGGACUUCGACAACGUGAACCACGUGGUGGUGUUCAUGCUGGGCACCGUGCCGUUCCCCGCCGGGACGGGCGGCGCCGUGUACUUCUCCUUCCCGGAGCCGGGCGGCGGCGGCCCGGUGUGGCAGCUGCUCGGCUUCAUCACCAACGACAAGCCCAGCGCCAUCUUCAAGAUCUCGGGCCUGAAGCCCGGGGAGCGCGGUUCCGGGCCGCAGCCCUUCGGCCCCGGGGCCGGAUGCUCCACGGGCCCCUCCCUGGCCCAGGUCGGGGUGUCGGUGGAGCCGCUGCAGCAGCUGGCGCAGGAGAUCCCGGUGUCCAGCGCCGCCGUGUCCUCCGUGGACUCCUUCCUCCAGUUCACCCAGAAGAUGCUGGACAGCCUCUUCAACUUCUGCUCCUCCUUCGCUGUGUCGCAGGAGCAGAUGACUCCGAACCGAACCGAGACCUUCAUCCCGUCCAGCUGCCUCCUCCGGUGGUACGAGAACUACCAGAGAAGGAUGGCGCAGAACCCCAACUUCUGGAAGUCCUGAGGUCAGGACCCCAUCUUCUAGAUGUCCUGAGGUCAGAACCUCUGGAAGUCCUGAUGUCUGGUCCCCAUCUUCUGGAAGUCCUGAUGUCUAGAGCUCAGAACCUGAACCGGUGGACAGAAGCCAGGAGCCUGGAGGCUCAGACCACAGACUGAUGGUGGGUCCACUGAGCCGACAGAUUCUGAUCUUCAGAUCUCAUCUGUUACAGGAAACUGUCUCUAACCAUCAGAUCUAUAAACUGUGAUCAUGAGUUAUAAUCACCCACGUAUUCUUUAUAUUAUGUCAGAUUAUGAUAAUAAUCAAUAAAGGGAUUAUUGACAGAC